UUUUACGUGGACGGACUGGUGUUUCAGCCAAAUGGCACCCCCUACACCUACGGGUCAAGUUAAGCGCGCAGUUGUGUUUUUACGAUUGAUAAAAUGUAUUUUAAGGCAAAGUAAUAGUUUUUCGGUUGUUUUAAGAACACCCAUUAAGCCAGGCAGAAUAACGAAGCGCUGAAAAAAGAAACGAUUAACCAACAACUUAUCUGUCAGGGCUAUUAUUUAUUAAGAGCGAUUCUUGUCUGUAUUUUAUGUAACAUUUGAUUUAAAUAAGAUCGUACCUUAAUUUCUGGAAACAUGUUAACGACUGUUACUUGUGAAUUAAGGUUAAUAGAGUGAGUGUAGACGUACAGUGCGUUACGGUUGAUCCAGGAAUGGACGAUGACGCGCCAGAUGAGGCUCUGGCUGACAUCAAAGGAAGGCAGAUCGGAGGAUGGGGUGUCGCUCAGAUAGCCGUUGGCACUGGGUUGACUGUUUAUGCCAUGUGGGUUGGAAUCCUUCAGCCAGGUUUCCGAAAAGUACCCCUAAAACUGCAGGUUCCCUACAUUCCUGCCAGCAAAACCCAAGUGCAGAAUGUGAUGACGUUGCUAAGAGGUCGAAAAGGAAACCUUGUGGAUUUGGGAUCUGGUGAUGGGCGCAUUGUCCUAGAAGCUCAUAGGCAUGGGUUCAACCCAGCUGUUGGUUAUGAGCUCAACCCCUGGCUCAUUUCUUUAGCCCGUAUUCAUGCUUGGAGAUUGGGUUAUCAUGGAAAAGUAGCUUACUUGCGAGAAGAUCUUUGGAAGGUGGACUUGACAAAAUGCAAGAAUAUUACAGUUUUUUUGGCUCCAAGUGUGCUUUCAUUGUUGCAGGAGAAGCUGCAUGCAGAGCUUCCUGAUGGCGCCUUGGUGGUAGCUGGUCGUUUCCCUUUCCCAGACUGGGAACCCUGCAGAAUUGAAGGACAUGGAGUUGACAGAGCAUGGGCAUACAACAUGCAAGCUCAAAAACAAAGACUUUUAGGAAAAGUCAGCAAUAUUUAGACACAGUACAAUGAGUUAUUCAUUGAGGGGUGACAUAUAUACACAACCUUUACCUGGCUGGAGUUGGAAUUGAAGUAACUUUCACCUUAACCCAUAUAUGGUGACAUCAGUGAAACUGACAAAAAUCAGAAAGGACCACUUGGUUUGUGGUAAAAUACACAUCAUUUUAUUUUUAAGAAAAAAGGGGUCUGUGUUCUCAUUGGUUAAGGUGAUCAAAUAAAUUUUUAAACUAUGAAGUAUCCUUUUAUCAUAGUUUUGAAAGGCUAUCAUUUUAAAAUGCAAACUAUUUUUUAAAUUAGGAAUUGUUUAAAUGCCCAAAAUUGAUCAAAUAAAAUACAAUUUCUGCUGCCUAUAUUGCCUUAGGGAAAAUACACACAAUCGAUGUUUUUAAAAAUGUUUUCUCAUACCAUUUGUUUGAGCGGCCAGUUAAAGAGUUAAAAAAUUAUUUCAGGGAUUGCUAAAAAGAUUAUAUAAAAUAUAAGUAGCCAACAUUUGUGUUUAUAAAAUGCUAAAUCGUAAAAUCUUUACUAUAUUUAUUUGAGGUUUUAUUUUUAAGGUGGACAUGUGUAAAGUAGUUCUGAGUUAUUUGUAUUUAGAUUUAUAUAUUAAAGGAAUUUAUGAUAAUAAAAAAACUAAGUUAAAGCCAUUUAGAGCCAACUGUCUACAACUCAAAACAUUGCAUAGCAACCCAACCUCACAUUGAUUCAAACUGUUGCGAAAUGUCUGGUCUAACUGGGUUGCCUUCUGGUUUUUGGUCUAAGCUGACACUAUGUUAGUUUUUUGUUUUGUUUUGUUUGUUCAUUAAAAUGGAUUUGAUUCUGACAGUA